GCGAGAGGGCGGGCCGGGAGGAGGCGGCGGCUCGGAGAAGAACAUGAAUCAGCGGCGGCGGCGACGGCGGCGACGGCUGUGGAAGGAGCGCGGUGGCCCAGGAGCGGCCCCGGGGACCCCGCGCCCCUGACGCCGGCGGCCGCGGGUCCGGGAGGCGCUGGGCCAGCGCCGCCCCCCGGGCGGGCCCCAGCCCCUCCCGCGGCCCUCCCGCUCCUCCUCCCUCCGCCCUCCUCUUGUCGCUCGCGGGCCGGGCCCGGCAUGGUGCGGCGUCGCCGCCGAUGGCGCUGAGGCGGAGCAUGGGGCGGCCGGGGCUCCCGCCGCCGCCGCCACCGCCGCCGCUGCCACUGCUGCUGGCGGCUCUGGCCUCUCUGCUGCUCCUGGAGUCCGCGGCCGCAGGCCUGAAGCUCUUGGGAGCCCCAGUGAAGAUGACAGUGUCCCAGGGUCAGCCAGUGAAGCUCAACUGUAGUGUGGAGGGGAUGGAGGAGCCUGAUAUCUACUGGGUGAAAGAUGGGGCUGUGGUCCAGAACUCGAACCAGGUGUACAUCUCAGUCAGCGAGCAGCACUGGAUUGGCUUCCUCAGCUUGAAGUCUGUGGAGCGCUCUGAUGCCGGCCAAUACUGGUGCCAGGUGGAGGACGGGGGUGAAACUGAGAUCUCCCAGCCAGUAUGGCUCACGGUGGAAGGUGUGCCAUUUUUCACUGUGGAGCCAAAAGACCUAGCAGUGCCCCCCAAUGCCCCUUUCCAACUGUCUUGUGAAGCUGUGGGUCCUCCCGAACCUGUGACCAUUUUCUGGUGGAGAGGACACACGAGGAUUGAGGGCCCUGCUCCCUCUCCCUCUGUUUUAAAUGUAACAGGGGUGACCCAGAGCACAGAGUUUUCCUGUGAAGCUCACAACAGAAAAGGCCUGGCCACUUCCCGAGCAGCCAUUGUUCGCCUUCAAGCACCACCUGCGGCCCCCUUCAAUAUCACAGUGACAAAGCUCUCCAGCAACAAUGCUAGCGUGGCCUGGGUGCCAGGUGCUGAUGGCCAAGCCCUGCUCCAAUCCUGUACAGUGCAGGUGACACAGGCCCCAGGAGACUGGGAGGUCCUUGCUGUUGUGGUUCCUGUGCCACCCUUUACCUGCCUGCUUCGGGACCUGGUGCCUGCCACCAACUACAGCCUCAGGGUGCGCUGUGCCAAUGCUUUGGGGCCCUCCCCCUACGCUGACUGGGUGCCUUUUCAGACAAAGGGUCUAGCCCCAGCCAGCGCUCCCCAGAACCUCCAUGCCAUCCGCACAGACUCAGGCCUCAUCCUUGAAUGGGAAGAAGUGAUCCCUGAGGGCCCUUUGGAAGGCCCCCUGGGACCCUAUAAGCUGUCCUGGGUUCAAGACAAUGGGACCCAGGAUGAGCUGACAGUGGAGGGGACCAGGGCCAACCUGACAGGCUGGGAUCCCCAGAAGGACCUGAUCGUGCGUGUUUGCGUCUCCAACGCAGUUGGCUGUGGGCCCUGGAGUCAGCCACUUGUGGUCUCUUCUCACGACCAUGCAGGGCAGCAGGGUCCUCCCCACAGCCGCACAUCCUGGGUGCCUGUGGUCCUUGGUGUGCUCACAGCCCUAGUGACUGCUGCUGCACUGGCUCUCAUCUUGCUUCGAAAAAGACGGAAGGAGUCACGGUUUGGGCAAGCCUUUGACAGUGUCAUGGCCCGAGGGGAGCCAGCAGUUCACUUCCGAGCAGCCCGGUCUUUUAAUCGAGAAAGACCCGAACGAAUCGAGGCCACGCUGGACAGCCUGGGCAUCAGCGAUGAACUGAAAGACAAGCUGGAGGAUGUACUCAUCCCGGAGCAGCAGUUCACCCUGGGCCGGAUGCUGGGCAAAGGAGAGUUUGGGUCUGUGCGGGAGGCCCAGCUAAAGCAAGAGGAUGGCUCCUUUGUGAAAGUGGCCGUAAAGAUGCUGAAAGCGGACAUCAUUGCCUCCAGCGACAUUGAAGAGUUCCUCAGGGAAGCAGCUUGCAUGAAGGAGUUUGACCAUCCACAUGUGGCUAAACUUGUUGGGGUGAGCCUCCGAAGCAGGGCUAAAGGCCGUCUCCCCAUCCCCAUGGUCAUCCUGCCCUUCAUGAAGCAUGGGGACUUGCACGCCUUCCUACUUGCCUCUCGGAUUGGGGAGAACCCCUUUAACCUGCCCCUGCAGACCCUGAUCCGGUUCAUGGUGGACAUUGCCUGUGGCAUGGAGUACCUGAGCUCCCGGAACUUCAUUCACCGAGACCUGGCCACUCGAAAUUGCAUGCUGGCAGAGGACAUGACAGUGUGCGUGGCCGAUUUUGGACUCUCCCGGAAAAUCUAUAGUGGGGACUACUAUCGUCAGGGCUGUGCCUCAAAAUUGCCUGUCAAGUGGCUGGCCCUGGAGAGCCUGGCUGACAACCUGUAUACUGUGCACAGUGAUGUGUGGGCCUUUGGAGUGACCAUGUGGGAGAUCAUGACUCGUGGGCAGACGCCAUAUGCAGGUAUUGAAAAUGCUGAGAUUUACAACUACCUCAUCGGCGGGAACCGCCUGAAACAGCCUCCGGAGUGCAUGGAGGAUGUGUAUGAUCUCAUGUACCAGUGCUGGAGCGCUGACCCAAAGCAGCGCCCGAGCUUCACAUGCCUGCGAAUGGAGCUGGAGAACAUCCUGGGGCACCUGUCUGUGCUGUCCACCAGCCAGGACCCCCUGUACAUCAACAUUGAGAGAGCCCAGCAGCCUGCAGACGGAGGGAGCCUGGAGCUGCCCUGCGGGGAGCAGCCUGGCGGCAGGGCCGGGGAUGGCAAUGGCCUAGGGGCAGUGGGUGGCACCCCCAGUGACUGUCGGUACAUCUUCAGCCCUGGAGGGCCAGCUGAGCUGCCUGGGCAGGUGGAGCAGCAGCCAGAGAGCUCCCUCAAUGAGACCCAGAGGCUGCUGCUCCUGCAGCAAGGGCUCCUGCCCCAUAGUAGCUGUUAGCCCACAGUAGGAGAGCAGCCAGGGCUUCCACCUGGCUCUGCUGGCUGCUGUGCUGGCUGACUCAGCCCUGUCUGACCCCAGCCCAGGCAGCGAGGUGUGGAGGCUCCUGUGGUAGCCCUCCCAAGCUGUACUGGCACCUGACUGACCAAAUCGCCCAAUCCCAGUUCUUCCUGCAACCACUCUGGCCAGCCUGGCAUUAGUUCAGGCCUCGGCUUGGAGGAGGUGGACCAGACCUGGUUGCCUGAAUUCAGGCAGCUGGCAGGAGGGGGGUGGUUAUGUUUCCAUGGUUACCAUGGGUGUGGAUGGCAGUGGGGGAGGGUAGAUCCAGCCCUGUGGGCCCCUACCCUUCUGGCUGAGCCGCCCCCUGCUGUUUUAGUGCAUGCCUUGAGCUGCCUCCAGCCUGGGGGCUAAAAAAUGCCCACCAUGCUUGGGUGUAAAUGCCAGGUUCGUUCCUCUGUGUCACAAAGAGAUGCCCUUGUAUUUUUCCCUUCUGGUGAGAGUUGGUAAGGAUUGGCAUAGUCGGAUCCCAAGCCCUGUCAAAAGACAUGAUGGGACACUCCCAGGUCUGAAUCCUUGUCACAGUCCUGAUUUCCCACCCUGCCUAGCCAGAGAUGGUGGGG